AUGGCGCCCUCGCGCCGUCGUGGCGAGCGCGCCCAGCGCGCGGCCAAGUGGUUGUGCCGCUUCUGCAAGCACAAGACCACUGGCCAGGACUGGUGGAACGUCGCGACGGCGGCGAGCUGCGGGAUGUGCGGGCGGGCCAAAGGCAUCUGCUUCAAGGCCGAGGUCGCCCCGAACGCGCCGUCCGUGCACGUGCCUCCGCGCGGCGGCACGUCCACUCUCAAUCCUUGGAGCAAGGGGGCCAAAGAGCUUGAGAUGCUUCGCAAGAAGGUCGAGCGCCUGGAAGCUGCCCAGGCCCCUCCGCCAGGGCGCCCGGGUGCUGCGGCGCCUGAGUUCGUGGACGUCGAGAUGUCCGGGGAGCCCUCGGAUGACUCCGCGCGGCAGCGCCUCCAGGAGCUGGACAAGGAGCUCGUCGCUGUGUCCAAGCACAGCGGGCCUGCCUGGCUGGCGGGCAAGCAGGAGCUCGAGGAAGAGCGCGAACGCCUCCGCGUCAAGCUGCUGGAGUCCAAGCCGAUUCACGCCAGACUGCGCACGGUCACUGCUCGCCUCGAAGCGGCUGAGAGGCAGCUUCUUAAGGCCAAAGAGAGCCUCGGGAAGGAGCGAGAGGGAUUGGCAGCCCUCCUCAGGAAUAUCGGGGAGGCUGAAACCGCCAUCCAGCAGCAAGAGCAGAACAUCAAGGACCUUGCGAAGCAGAGGCUCGGCGAGGUCCUUCAGCGCUGCGGGAUUGGCGACCAGGCCAGCACAGUCGCCCAGGCCAUUAUUCGGGACCUCCCCAACAUCGUGUCCAACACCACGCUGGUCCCCGCGGGCGCGGAGGCGGGCCUGGCGGUUGCGGCCCAGCCCCAGGCGGCUGCCGAGGCGCCUGCUGCGGGGGCCGCUGCUGGCGCCGUGCCGCCGCGCCAGCCACCGGAGCCAGCUGAGCCAGCGGCAGCCUCGAUGGGUCUGCCAGGAUUGCCGCGGGAUCAGGGCACAAUCGAGUGCUUGUCCAACGCCGAGUUGCGCACGCUCAUGGCUACGGUGGUGCCACCGGCCAGCAACCCUCUCGAGGACGCGGAGUUGCGAGAGACGGCCAGGCACAUGUUUUGCGUGGCUAGCCUGCCGAGGUCGGAGGCCGAGCUGGACGUUCCAAGCAUCGCCUUCGCGGCCGGCCCUGACCAGCAGCCCAUGCAGCCUCGGGCUGCCGAGGCAGUUGCUGACGGCGGACCCUCCGACGCCGUCCUUGGGUUGUCGGCCUCCGCGGCGGCAGGAUUCUGGUCCGGAGACGGGCCCUUGCCAGCACCUUCUGGCUACCAGAUGAUUCCCAUCGAGAUCAGCGACGACGAGGACGCGUGCGUCGUGCUUGCCGAUGAGGAAGCGCAUGAGGCACUCAUGGCCCGUCGCGCGAGGCGCUGCGAUGCCUUUGUCAGCCCGCCGAUGGGCGCUGCCGGCGCCGCGCGAGCCACUUGCGCGGAGCCGCGGUGUGCCGCAGCUGCAGCUCCCCGCGCCGGCGACUCGCUGACGCUACUCGCUAUCAAUGGGGACACGUGGAGCGGCGCUCGGAGGGUUCUCGAGUGGAACGCCGCGGCCAAGCGACAGUUCGACGUCGUCUUCAUCCAGGAGACCAGGUUCCCCGACGGCGAGGCAGCCGGGGCGGCUCGGCAGUGGUGCCUUGGCCAAGGCUGCCAUCUGGCCCUGGGGCCGCCGCUUCGGGUCGGAACGGAGCGCUUGGCGGUCAGCGGGGGCGUCGGCUUGUGCUCCGCGGCCCACGUCGGCGUGCGCGCGGGCAUCGACGUUCCCUCGGAGUGGGCGCACCGCAUCGUGGCGAGGAAGAUCCACCUCGGCGAGGGUUCGGUUUUCCUGUGCCUCUCGGUGUACCUGAUCACGUCGAUCGGGCUGACCGGCGACAACAUCACGCUCCUGGCGGAGGUCGCUGCGCUUGUGGGGCAGCACCACGCCCCAUUCCUCUCGGCAGGGGACUGGAACGUCGACGCGGACGACCUCGCCUCCAGCGGCUGGCUCGACGAGAUCGAUGGCCUCCUCAUCAGUAGUGGCGUCCCGACUUGCGGUGGCAACGACGACUACGACUACUUCGUGGUAUCGAGGUCGGUCAGCUGCUCCCUCGACCGUGUUUGGAGCAAGCCGAAGGUCUGGGUCGAGAACCCCAGGCGGCCAUUCUCGGUGGCCAAGAAGCCGGAGGUGCGCCCCGCGACGGACGCUGGUGAGGCUGCUGGGCCACGGCCUGCCACGGAGCAGGAGACGCAGCGUUUGCUGGCGGAGCUGCAGGCCCCGCUGUCGGACCUCCAGGCGGCGUGCGCGGGCUGGUUCGACCUGGCCGAGCGGUCGCUCAUCCGCUCCCGGCAGGUGGAGGCUUCCAAGGCCCAUCUUCAUCGGGGCCGCGGGCGCGGGAUCCGCCUGGUGGAGAGGCCGCUGCUCGACGUACAAGAGCGCCGGCAACGACGCCACGACUCUUCUGACACAGAGGCUUGGUGGAGCUUCCUGCGAAUCUGGCGGGCGCUCCUCCGUUGGGGCAGGGCCCCGCGCGGCUCGAAGGCCAAGCGGUCCUUCGUGAAGGAGGGUUUGAUGCUGCACGGUCGCGCCAUCACUCUGCCGCCGGCGGUCUCCACAGGGUUGCGCUUGUCAGCACCAUCAUGCUGCAGGGUUGCGCUUGUCACCACCACGCCAGACGCGUGGCUGGGCCUCGCCGAGCGGAACAGCCCGCUCGCGCCGUGGUUCGAAGGCCUCCUGGAUGACGCGCUCGCGCGGCGGCGCAGUGCUGACGCUGCUGCCCGGGCGCGGCUGUGGCGCGACUUUCGCAACGCGUCGCUGGCUGGGUCAGGCCGUGUGGUUCACAAGCUGAUCAAGCCGAAGCCCGUGGAGCCGGGGGCGAUAUGCUUGCCUGGCGGUGCGCCUGGGCUUCCCCAGGUGGGAGCGCUGGCCGUGGAGGCCAUCGUGCUGGUGCCGCGCACGCUCGGGGCCAUCAGCGUGGACCAGGUGCGGACGGCCUCCCUCUCCUUCGGGCGCAGGAAGGGCCUCGGCUGGGACAACUUCCACCCACGCUUGCUCAGCGAGCUCUCAGACCCCUUGGUAGAGCGCUUCACGGCCAUCUUGAACCAGUUCGAGGGCUCGGCCGAGGUGCCCGACCUUUGGACGACGAUGACGGUCUUUAUCCCAAAGCCGCCUCCCGACGUGGGCAGGCGGCCCAUCGGCCUGAUGGAGCUCUG